GGUGACUUUCAUUCUUCCUUAUGAUUUUCUGACCAUAAAGACACUCUUGCUUUUCCUUCCCUGUUUGGUUUUCCUUGAGCACUUGCAACCAGCUGGGUCUUCCCUGGAGUUUACAGUCACAGACUUCUAGGAGCAGGAAGACUGAUUUCUGUGUAUGAGAAUAUUUAGAUGGGGUUUCCACCACCAGCCUUUCACUCAGGGCAAGUUGCUGCAUUUCUCAUUGUGCCCUGACCUCAUAGAGUUGCCACCAAGGCUUGCAACCUACUGUAGGAACUGGUGGAGAAGGCAGAAGGGAAAAACCUCCUGUUAGCAGUUCUCUUGCAUUGCCAUCCAACAAAUUGCUUUGACCCUUGCCAGAGGACAGGUGAUUUUUCCCAAGUGAUGGCAUGGGAUUCCUCCUGUCAGAAGGGUGGGAAGAUUUUGUGCUGCCAGUGGAUCCUUGAAAGCUCCCUGAAGGGGAUCCUUUGAGGUCCUCAGAUGCAGAGCCUUGGUCCUGAAGUGCCCUUCUGUCCCCUCAUGUUUCUUUAAGAUAUGUUUGCCUCACCAUGCAGAAAUCCCUGUGGAAGAGCCAGGCUGCAGUUCUCUUAUGCUGUGCUGUGGCCUGUGUCAAUAACUUGUCUUGCCAAGCAAGGCAAGAAAAGACUUUAAAAGCCCUUGGCUGUACUUCAAAAUGCUUAGGGAUUGCUUUGGCUAUUCUCUGCAUUUUAAGAUAAGUCAUAGAUAAGUCUGGAGAAAGAGAAAAUCAAUCUAGGAAAUCUUUUCAUAGUUAUGAAGUGAAGAAACAGGGCCUUGGGAGCUGGAAGGUAGUUCCUAGACAUGAGCUGCUUGGCAGCUCUUGUGAAAUGUGUUUGGCUUUGAUACCUGGUCUCUGCAGCAGGAGACUGGAUUUCGAGAGGGGUCUUUGUUCCUCCCUUUCUUCUAGGACCAGGAGUGAGCUGCACUGGUGGAGGUGUUUAGUUCCUUGUCUGUCCCAUCAGCUUUCUUCUGGGCUUUUGAUCCUGUUCCUGCUAUUUCUUCCUGGUGCAGUGGGCCUUGUGUGAUGAGAGCAGUAAGUACAGGUGUGAAACUCUGCAGCAGAGAUCUCAGGAGCUGGAGCUGUGCAAUACCUUUCUUACCUGGGAUCUGUUCUCUGCGUGGAUGCAUUUGCUGCAGAUAGAAAGCCAACUCUAUGCUUUUACAGUAGUAGGCCAUCACAGAAGGUAACCUCGUGACCAAGGUGAAUCUUUUGUGUUUGUAAUGCUGGGUACACUGCAGGUUGUGCUACAGGGCUGGCGAGAGGGACAAGGUGGAUCGUGCUUGGAUGUUCACACCAGGCUCAAGAUUUUUGCACGUAGUUGCAGUGGUGAGAUGGCCUUCAUGAAGUGUUUUUCUCCAUGAGGCACUUACAGGGUGCUGCUCUGGUAUGAAGUUCUUCUUAGUCCUUCAUUUGAAAGUACUCACCUGGAGCAACAGAGUAGCACUUGCAGUCAGUUGUGGAAAGAGGCAGCCAUUCUCCACAGGCUGGUCAGGAGAGGACAUUUGGUGAUAGGCCAAGGCAUUUCAGCAUGGGGUACAUGCUUCUAGUACCCUAUGUGUAAAUGUAAGCUAAGUCAAGCACAGCAAGCGAUUGUGGGCCUUGUAUCUUUUCUAUACCUCUGUAUUUACCUUAUUGAGUUGUGCUGCUUCCAGUUCUCAAGGCUUGUCUUUCAGUGUUUGUGUUAGAAUUCAGUUUGUAGUUGAAAAGGAACAGGUUUGGUCUCCCCUCUGGCCAGAUCAUAAGUUUUCUAGCUGCAAGGCAGAGCUCUUUGAAUGGUCUGGGACACCUGAUUUUGUUGAACCAGUCAAAUAGUUCCCUCUUGUGCCUGAGAGCUAUUUGUGCGUGUGGAUAUCCUCUGGAGAUUGUAAUGAGCGUGGCUAUGUUGUGAUAAGAACUAAGCUGUGGUCAUUGUGGUAAGCUGAGGGGAGCUUGGACCCUUAAGCCCAGGCUGUGGCUCAUGGCACAUUUAUCCUCUGGUCGGAGACAGUGACUUCCUGCUGCUGUUGCAGUGUUAUUUUAUGGGAUGCCUGGAAAUGUGAGGGAAAUAAGUGGGGAAAAAUAACCUUGCUCAGCCUUGGAUUUCCUUCCCUCUGUCAUCUUAGAGCCUGGGGUGGAGUUUCCUUGCUGUUGAACAAGCAAAUCAGCAAUAUAGAAGAUCAUGCUGUCCACUAUUGCCCUGGGCUGGCUGUGUAGCAAGCAUGAGGGAAACUGGCCCUGGAGACAGAGCCCUUUGCAGCUGCAGUGGAGAUCCUUGGCCUUAAGAGAUGUUGCUUUUCUUCAGCACUUUCCUUGCAGCUGUACCUUGACUUGCCAGGCUGUCUUUAUCUGGCAGUACUUGCUGGUGUUUUUUGUUGUGCUCCUUUAGCUCCUAGCUUCAACUGAAAGACUGGAGAGCAGAAGGUUUGAAAAGCAUUUCAUGUGGCUGUGAAGGCUGAUGCUGGGUUUCCUUCCAAAGUAUGAGAGUUCAAACAUAGUUUCCAACCUGAACUCAGCUCUGAGACCUCGGUGCCCUCCUGGAGUUGCUGCUGAGCAGCGUACCUCUGUCAAGCAAAGUCAGCACAGCUGUGUCUCCAAGAAAGAUGCUGGAAUAGCACUGCUGGAAUUGCUGCUGAUUGUUGAAGCUGAUGUCCACAAUCAAAGUACUCUCUUCUGGAUGUCAUCUCAUCUGGCCUCGCUUUUUGUGGCCCUGCCUGCCCCCUUGUGCUGGGAGCAGUCCUGCUCUCACCCUGUCAGUGUGUCUGUGGGUUGAGCUGCAGCAUUCACUGGUCCCUUCUACGUAUGGUGGAGCAGAGCUCUUCUCCUGCCUGAAGCCCCCAGAGAAGGGAUUCAGCAUAUGUAGAUGCUUCUGCAUGUAAGACUUCAUCUACUUGUGCUGUGAAAUACCCACAGGGCAGCCCGGGAUGCUGCCAUCUGAGCAUUUUUUGCAUUUUGACUGUUUUCAGUUUUAAUUAAAACCACUGGAGUGUUCCUGGCCGCCUGCUCUGCAGAUGUCAUUAAAGAGAGCAGCCCUCGAUCUCCAUGCAGCCAUGGCGAGGGCAACUGUACUGGGUGACAUUACUGAGGAGUGCCCUCGUUUACUUUUUCUCACCCAGGCCAUCUCUGUGUGUUUCUCAGUCACAGAUUUCUGCCCUCCCUUGUGUCCCUGCUCCAGAGUUGCACAGGGAGACACGGGGUGAGACACUGAUAGCUAUGCUUGGUGUCAGCCCACCCUUCUCCUCCCCCUCCUCGUCUUUAACAUUGUUUGGGGCACAAAUAGGCUUAUCUCUAUUCCGCAGCUAUAGAGAGACUCAUUCUCUGGUGCUUGUAGGGCUUCCUGUCACAGGAAUUGCUCCAACUUCUCAGCCUGAUUAGCUCUCAGCUGCCUGCGUGUGUGUUAGAGAGACCAUCUCUAAUUUAAUUUAAUAGGAUCCUGAUGAGAACUCCUUUGAGCUACCUCCAUAAUGGCACUGCCAUAGUUACCCGUGAUAUUACUCACACAGUGUCUGGAACCGUUUCAUUCAGCUACAGCACUGCCUUUUUUGUUUUUCUUUUAAAGAACAUAUAUAAAAACAACUGUGAUAUAAACAGUUUCCAGGGUAACAAGGCUGGGGGAGGGCUUUGCAUCCAGCUCCACGCGGAUGGGAGAGGGACGUGUGCUGCGGAGAAUCCUGGGAGGUUUCAUUCUUGACUCCUAAUUCCUUUCUGCCACUGCUGCCAGAUGUUGCAGUGUCUCAGGACUGUGUGGAUUUGCUGUGUAACUUCCAAAGCCUCGCGACCGGGAGCUGAGCGCACUGCACCACUUCUGCUAUGACCCUGACUGGGACCUUUUGUGCCGGCUCUCUUCUAUUUAACAAAAGGCUGACGCUUGGCUUCAAUGCCCAGAAGGAGCAGAAUGGAAAGGCCUGUGUGCAUGUUUCUCCAGAGCUAAGUUAGAUCCUUCCCCCACACCUCCCCUUGCAGACAGAGAGAGCUGCCCUGGGACUCUUUGUUUGCCUUCUCCCUGCCCUGACCAUGGGAUGUGUGUACUCGGUGCCAGGAGAAGAGGCGGCUGUGUCCAGGUCAGCCCCAGCAAGAGAUAGCAGCUUCAUUGAGAAGAUGAAGAAGACGGGGCGAAACAUCGUGGUUUUCUAUGGUUCCCAAACGGGUACAGCAGAGGAAUUUGCCAAUCGCCUCUCCAAAGACGCUCACCGCUAUGGUCUCCGUGGCAUGGCUGCAGACCCAGAGGAGUAUGACUUGGCGGACCUGAGUCGCCUCUCUGAGAUUGACAAGUCCUUGGCUGUGUUCUGUAUGGCCACGUAUGGUGAGGGUGAUCCUACAGACAAUGCCCAAGACUUCUACGACUGGCUGCAGGAGGCUGAUGCUGACCUGUCAGGUCUCCGCUUUGCAGUCUUUGGGCUGGGGAACAAGACUUACGAGCACUUCAAUGCCAUGGGGAAAUAUGUGGACAAGAGAUUGGAGGAGCUUGGAGCCCAGCGCAUCUUCGAGCUCGGACUGGGAGAUGAUGAUGGCAACCUGGAAGAAGACUUCAUCACUUGGAGAGAGCAGUUCUGGCCAGCAGUGUGUGAGCAUUUUGGGGUGGAGGCUACAGGAGAGGAAUCCAGCAUCCGCCAGUACGAGCUGGUGGUGCACACGGAUGUGAACAUGAGCAAGGUGUACACUGGGGAGAUGGGCCGCCUCAAGAGCUACGAGAACCAGAAGCCGCCAUUUGAUGCCAAGAACCCCUUCCUGGCUGUGGUUAGAGAGAACCGUAAGCUGAACGAGGGUGGGGAACGACACCUUAUGCACCUGGAGCUGGAUAUCUCCAAUUCCAAAAUCAGGUAUGAGUCUGGGGACCACGUGGCUGUUUAUCCGGCCAAUGACGCAUCUCUGGUGAAUCAGUUUGGCGAGAUUCUGGGCACGGAUCUGGAUACAAUCAUGUCACUGAACAAUUUGGAUGAGGAAUCCAACAAGAAACACCCAUUCCCCUGCCCCACCUCCUACCGUACAGCACUGACCUACUACCUGGACAUCACCAACCCGCCCCGCACCAACGUGCUCUAUGAGCUGGCCCAGUAUGCCACGGACACUGGGGAGCAGGAGCAGCUCCGAAAGAUGGCAUCAUCCACUGCUGAGGGGAAGGCUCUCUACCUCAGCUGGGUGGUGGAGGCCCGGAGGAACAUCCUGGCCAUCCUGCAGGACAUGCCCUCGCUGCAUCCCCCCAUCGACCACUUGUGUGAGCUCCUGCCCCGUCUGCAGGCCCGCUACUACUCCAUUGCCUCCUCCUCCAAGGUCCACCCCAACUCCAUCCACAUCUGCGCUGUGACGGUGGAGUACGAGACCAAGACAGGAAGGCUGAACAAAGGGGUGGCCACCAACUGGCUGAAGAACAAGGUGCCCAACGAGAAUGGGAGGAACUCCCUGGUGCCCAUGUAUGUCCGGAAGUCGCAAUUCCGCCUGCCCUUCAAACCCAGCACACCUGUCAUCAUGAUUGGACCGGGCACAGGCAUAGCCCCCUUCAUGGGCUUCAUCCAGGAGCGGGCCUGGCUGAAGGAGCAAGGCAAAGAGGUGGGUGAGACGGUGCUGUACUACGGCUGUCGCCGUGAGCAGGAGGACUACCUGUACCGCCAGGAGCUGGCCCGCUUCAAGCAGGAGGGCGUCCUCACCCAGCUCAACGUCGCCUUCUCCAGGGACCAGGCUGAGAAGGUUUAUGUCCAACACUUAAUAAAGAAGAACAAGGAACACAUCUGGAAGCUGGUGAAUGAUGGAAACGCUCACAUCUAUGUGUGUGGGGAUGCCCGCAACAUGGCCCGGGACGUGCAGAACACUUUCUAUGAGAUUGUGGCUGAGUAUGGGAACAUGAAUCAGUCUCAGGCCGUGGACUAUGUAAAGAAACUGAUGACUAAGGGCCGGUACUCUUUGGAUGUAUGGAGCUAAGAGAGAGGAUGGUGGGGCCAGGGAGAGAAGGCAGGAGGUGCCCUCCCACCCGCUGUUCCUGUGGGUGACCGUGUUAUCCCCAGCCUCCGGCUGCCCCACUGUCACCCCAACCCCUCUUCUGCACCCAGGGUGGGCUGUGGCUGUGCACCCUGGGUGGUGGAAGGGGGCAGGUGGAGGGACAGGGGGUGGCCGAGGCUUUGUCCACGGUGUUUGCCCUGGGGAUGUGGGGCAGGAGGGAUGGAUGGCCCUGGGGGAGCUCUCGGGUCUUUUCUGAACACGGGGUGUUGCCUUAUUUCCUGGCACCUCGUUCUGGAACUGCAGACCACCCUUGUGCCCUGCAGGCUGGGGAUGGCAGCGGGGGUGGAGGAACCCGGCAGGUUUGGUGCGAGGGCAGCAUGGGGCAGCGAUCUGCUCUCAUCCCUGUCCUACUGUUCGACCCUCCCUAGGGCUAGCUCCUGUGCCCCAUGCUGUCCUUAAAUGACCACAGGCUGCUUUUUGAGGAAAAGGCACUGCCUGCACCCAGCCCCGGACCUGCAGGCACCCCCCCCUCUUCCCCUGCAGCCCUCCUGGGUUCCAGCACUCAGCAGGGCAGGGGGCAGCUCCUCUCCCCUCCCCACAGCCCAGUCUGGGGUCACAGCUGCAGGGUCCUGCUGGCUCCCUUGGGCCCUUCAGCCGGCAGCUCCCCUGUUCCCAGUCCCUCUGUCAUGCUGUGUACGCUCAUUUUUUUUUUUAAAUACUGUUUUUGUUUCAAUAUCUUUGUGAUUUUAAUCAUGGAAGAAAAAAAGAAAAACAACCUUUCAGGCUGUUCAAUGACUGUAAAUUAUUUAAAUAUUCUUGCCCUUGGAAUAAAAACACUGUUUCUGUA